AUGCUACAGUCAGAAUAAAAGAAUCUGGGGAUGGUCAUCAAGUAUAAUGUCCAUAACAAGAUUGCGGAGUGCUUGUAGAUGAAUAAGAUUUGCAAAAAUAUCUGCCAGAUGAGAUAUUUUAACUAUACGAGACAUAAAAAAGAAACAAACUAAUUUCAUCAGAUUCAUCAAAGAAGUUUUGUCCUACUUAGGAUUGCAAUGGAUUUAUUUAACAGAAAAAGAAAAAAUAAAAUAAAGUAGCUUGUCUAGAAUGCAAGAUAAAAUACUGCUUUUAAUGCAGCUAGAAUUGGCAUGAAGGAAAAUGCAAGAAAAAAGAAGAUAAUUUGUUUUAAGAAUGGUUUAUAAACAUCAAAGGUCAUCACUGUCCAAAAUGUAAAUCUCCCAUUGAAAAAAAUGAAGGUUGUAACCACAUGA